ACUUCAUGUGCUACUUGGCAGAAACUACUUCCACUUUCUGCAGUAUUACUGCGCACCACUCUUUAGAUUAUAACCUCCUUAUCUCCCCUCUCCCCCUCUCUAUCUCUCUCUCUCCCUUUCAUAUAUUAAUCAUCUUCCCAUGAUUAAUUCUUUGUAUCCCUCCGCCUCCUGUGAUCUCUCUCUGCUCAGGCUCACUGAGUUUUGUGAUCUUUCUUCCUCAUCUCUUCAGUUUGCUUUGCAUAUCAAAUUUCAAUUAUGCCUUCACUUCAUGGAUUCCGAGACUCCCUCACAAGGUGGACUGGAAUUUCAAGAAGAAACCAGAGAGACACAACGCAACAACAAGACCAGCAUCAGCAAACAUCAGAACACAGGACAGAAGAAAGAGAAUCACAAGAUUACUCAAACUCAUCAUCAUCAUCAUCAUCAUCCUCAUCAUUUUCAACAAUAGCUGAUUACACAAACCCAAUCACAAAUUCUAUCGAGUGUUACGCGUGUACACAAGUAGGUGUACCGGUUUUUCAUUCAACAAGUUGUGAUAGUUUCCAUCCGCCUGAAUGGGAAGCAUCAGCCGGUUCUUCAUUAGUCCCAAUCCAAAGUAAUCAAAAAUCAUCAUCAUCAUGGAGAUCAUCAUUCAAUAAGAACCGUCCGAUAUCAUCAUCGUAUUACCGGUCACUCAAAGGUCCAUUUGGUACGGUAUUAGACCCGCGUACCAAACGUGUGAAAAAAUGGAACAGAGCGUUUUUACUGGCACGUGCCAUGGCAUUAGCUAUUGAUCCAUUGUUUUUCUAUGCACUCUCCAUUGGUAGAAAUGGAGCUCCUUGUUUAUACAUGGAUGGUGGUUUAGCGGCAAUUGUCACCCUCCUGCGCACCUGUGUUGAUGCGAUACAUCUAUGUCAUCUGUGGCUGCAAUUUCGUCUUGCGUACGUGUCGAGAGAAUCGUUGGUGGUUGGUUGCGGUAAACUCGUGUGGGAUGCGCGUGCUAUUGCUACGCAUUAUGUGAGAUCACUGCAAGGUUUCUGGUUUGAUAUCUUUGUCAUCUUACCAGUCCCUCAGACGGUUUUUUGGUUGGUGGUGCCAAGAUUGAUAAGGGAGGAAAAGAUUAAGUUGAUAAUGACAAUAUUGUUGCUGAUAUUCUUGUUCCAAUUCCUUCCCAAAGUCUAUCACAGUAUUUGCUUAAUGAGAAGAAUGCAAAAAGUUACUGGUUAUGUUUUUGGGACAAUAUGGUGGGGUUUUGCCCUUAACCUGAUUGCUUACUUCAUUGCUUCUCAUGUAGCAGGGGGUUGUUGGUACGUGCUUGCGAUUCAACGUGUAGCAUCGUGUCUUAGGCAACAAUGUGAGAGAAGUGCAAAUUGUAAUCUCCAGCUAGCUUGUGCAGACGAAGUCUGCUACCGUCUUCCAUUAGCCGAUAUGAUUAAUAAUUCAUGUGGGAAUAAUACAAUCACACAUAAAUUCCCAAGCAUUCCUGUUUGCUUAAACGGAAAUGGUCCAUUCCGCUAUGGCAUUUACAAACAGGCUCUCCUUGUUGUUUCAAGCAAUUCCCUCUCUGUCAAAAUUCUAUAUCCAAUAUUUUGGGGCCUAAUGACUCUCAGCACUUUUGGCAACGACCUUGAACCAACAAGCCAUUGGUUAGAAGUGAUAUUCAGCAUAAUUAUCACACUAAGCGGGUUACUACUCUUUACUCUAUUGAUUGGUAAUAUUCAGGUAUUUUUGCAUGCAGUCAUGGCAAGGAAACGGAAAAUGCAAUUAAGAUGUAGAGACAUGGAGUGGUGGAUGAAAAGGAGGCAACUACCCUCACGCCUGAGACAAAGAGUACGCCAUUUUGAGCGCCAGAGAUGGGCAGCUAUGGGAGGAGAGGAUGAGAUGGAAUUGAUUAAGGGCUUACCUGAAGGACUUCGACGUGAUAUCAAACGUCAUCUCUGCUUAGAUCUAAUUAAAAAGGUACCAUUGUUCCACAACCUCGAUGAUUUAAUCUUGGAUAAUUUGUGCGACCGAGUUAAGCCCCUUGUAUUCACCAGGGAUGAAAAGAUAAUUAGAGAAGGAGAUCCAGUACCACGAAUGAUUUUCAUAAUGCGAGGUCGACUAGAGAGUAACCAAAAGCUCAGUAAGGGAACAGUUGCAACAUGCACGUUAGGACCCGGAAACUUUGUUGGGGAUGAGCUUUUAUCAUGGUGUCUCCGUCGCCCUUUCAUAGACCGUCUUCCAGCUUCAUCGGCUACAUUUGUUUGUGUGGAAGCAACAGAAGCAUUUGGUCUUGACGCGAAUCACCUUCGUUACAUAACAGAUCAUUUCCGAUACAAAUUUGCUAAUGAGAGGCUCAAAAGAACAGCUAGGUAUUACUCUUCAAAUUGGAGAACAUGGGGUGCAGUAAACAUACAAUUUGCUUGGAACCGUUACAGAUUGAGGACUAGAGGCCCUGCAGUUCAAGUAACAGAAAAUGGUGAUACUAGUGAGCGUAAACUUCGGCAAUAUGCUGCUAUGUUCUUGUCUCUUAGACCACAUGAUCAUCUCGAGUGAGGAGCCUUUUAAGCAGGGCAAGAUGAAGUUUCUUCAUGGUUUCAAAGAAAAUAUAAGGGGGGUUUCGAGUUUGAAAUUUUUAGCAUUUGAGCAUACAACGUCAGUAGGCAACAACCAACAUGGAAUUAAAAAUUGCUGUUGUCUUUUAUUCAGCAGUGUCUUUCAAAAUGACAUUUGUAUUCUUUUGUUGCCAUCAAAAUCCCUGAAAUUACUAGCACGAGGUCUUUUGUAUCGCUCUCUAGAAGGGACAUUCCACAGUUUUUUUUUUU